GGACAGGAAUCGGGCCAUGAAAAAUACUUCGGGGACCCGGGAGCCCCGGACCCGUCCGAGAGAAAGAGACCCCGACCGGCGUCCGCACCCGGACCGAGACCGCCACGUCGAGCGGCCGCGGGACCGAGGCGGGGACAGGCACAGGGAGAGGAAUGGUGACGCGAGAGGAAACGGGGACCGUCGAGCGGACCGGGAACAGAGAACGGACCGAGACCCGCGCCAGGACAGACACAGGGACGCGGACCAUCGCGCAGCCGGACAAAGAGCCUUGGAGAAGUCCCGCCAAAGCCGUGCGCGGCCGGAGCCCUGGGGACCCAGUUGGAACGCAGCCCCUACUCCGGGACCCGCACCCUGGGGAGGCCCAGAGCUGUCCCAGAAGCAAGGCCUCGGGCGCCGCGGGUUGGAGAGUGAACUGGCUUCAGAAAGAUAUGUGUCCACAUACUCCAGGCCUGCUCUACAGGAAGAGGAAUAUUACCAGUCGGAAGCUGAGGGGCUCCUGGAAUGCCACAAAUGCAGAUACUUGUGCACAGGGAGAGCCUGCUGCCAGCUGCUGGAGGCCCUGCUGAACUUGCUGAUCUUGGCCUGCAGCUCUGUCUCUUACAAUUCCACGGGGGGCUACACAGGCAUCACCAGCCUGGGGGGCAUUUACUACUACCAGUACGGAGGGGCUUAUAGUGGCUUCAAUGGAGCUGACGGGGAGAAAGCCCAACAACUGGAUGUCCAGUUCUACCAACUCAAGCUGCCCACGGUCACUGCAGCAAUGGCCUACAGCGGAGCCCUCAUGACCUUCUCCUGUCUCACCCUCCUCGGGGGUGCCCUGCGGGUCCCGUGGCACUGUCCACUGUGGCUGGUGAUCGAGGGCUUACUGGACAUGCUCAUCGCUGGGGCCUAUGUCCCAGCCUUGUACUUCCUCUUCCAACACCUCUCAGCUGCCUAUAGCUCAGAUGUGUGCAAGGAGAGGGAGGCCCUGUACCAAAGCAAAGGUUACAGUGGCUUCAACUGUAGUAUGCAUGGGGGAGACAUAGGUGCAGGAGUCUUUGCAGCCAUGGGCAUUGGGGCCUUUGCUGUGGGAGCUGUCCUGGCCUUUAGGGGUUACCGAAAAGUCAAGAAGCUAAAGGAGAAGCCCAUAGAAAUGCUUGAGUUUUAGACUUCUAGAAUGUUCUGCCACAUAUACGUGAUAGACAUCACUUUCAACCACAGUCCUUUGCAAGAAUUCUUCAAUGUGGAACUCACUAGUGCUUCCAAAAUACCAAGCCAGUGUGGGUAUGCCGGGCUUAGCUCCUGGUUGCCUGGAGCAGUAUUGUCUGAGACAACAAACUCUGGUUUCUGCCAUCUUCUGUAGAUGUGGAACAAAUAAAGAGUAUAUCAAACCCCCCAAACACUGGAGCCAGGCUUGGUGGUACAGAGUUGGGGUUCGAUAAUCCUAGCAUGUGUAAGGCUGAGGCAGGAGACUCUUGAGUUCAAGACUAGCAUGGACUGCAUAGCCAAGAUCCCGUCUCCAAAGCAGAUAAUCAGUAACCGUGAAGGAGUUCGUAGAGGCUGGGACCCACAGGAGAAAGGCAAAGCGUACUUCCUGAUCAGGGCAGGAACAAUCGCAUUGGAAACCUGAGAGAUCACAAAAAGCAACAUCAACAGAAGAUAGUUCAGUCUGAGCUAUCCUAAACUCAGCCCUCUUCAGCAGACGCACAGGGCAUCUCCACACUGAGUAUCUAGGCCCUGCACCUCUCUAACUCUGUGGAUUCUGGGGGAUACUUGAGUGUGUGGGGUAAAAAAAAAAAAAAAAGGAGAAUCAGAUUAAACUCACUGGGCUGCAAAGAAACCGUUCUACUGGCCCCUCACAGGGGCCCCAAGCGCUCAAUAAGCAUUUGUACGUCCUGUAAAUGUGCCAUUGUAUGAAGAAUCCAACCCCACAGCUGGUAUUCAGGAUCUACUCAAAAGAAAAGAAUGUAAAGUCUUUUUCCCAACAGAAGAAUGUUACUGUUGGCCAGACAACUUCAUGGACUAGACUACGUGUUGAAUUAUGGCUUGGGACCAUUACAGUAUAUUCCAGUACAAGUGAAUAUGGUCUUCGCUUGAUGCAGAUCCAAGCAUUCCAAAGAAACAUUUUAAUUUGGAGGCAGAGGUCUUCUUUAUGUUCACGAUUACUUUAUUCACUUAAAUGCCAUCGAUUGAUUUGGAAGACUUCGGCAUUGGGGACAGAACUGCAUACCCCUGUCGUACAUGGUUAGAAAUUCUCUUGAACGCUGUGAGAAGUUUUGGUCACAGUGAGAGAAAAUGGGGGGUGGGGGGAGUGGAUAUUUUUCAUUCUAUAGAUACCUGAACUGCACAUAUUCA